AUGAUGCGCUGCCUCCCGAUCCUCGCCAGCUUCGCCACGGUCGUCGCCGCCGGCCCCGGCUGCUGGCGCAACUCGACGUGUUCGCAUCCGACCGAGCCUUCGUUCCCCGGCAUCUGGGAGAAGAAUAUCUACGCCCCUUACUCGCGCACCGCGCGCCCUGCCUCCGUCCUCUCGCUGGCAGACGCCUCUGUCCUCUCUUCGUUUCCCGGGCAUGACGCGACCCGCACUCUCAAGGGCAACGGCUCGGCCCUUGUCUUCGACUUUGGCGUCCUCGUCGGCGGUCUCACGUCCGUCUCGUACACGGCCAACACCGGCGCGCCGGCGACGCUCGGUCUUGCCUGGACCGAGGCCAAGAACUGGAUCGGCGAAUACUCUGACUCGUCCAACGGCAAUUACCGCGGGCCCGGCCAGGCCCUCAUCAGCGAGGACGGCGCUCUCUAUGCGCCUGUGAAGCGAAGCCGCCGCGUGACGCUCGAUGAUGUCUCGCUGGAGAUUGUCUUCCCGCCUACCUGGUCGAACCUGCGUGCCUACCAGGGCUACUUCCACUCGCCCGACGAGGAGCUCAACCGCAUCUGGUACGCAGGCGCCUACACGCUGCAGACCAACGCCGCACCGCCCGAGACGGGCCGCGUCGUGACGGAGGAUAUCUGGAACGGCGGCUGGAAGAACGACGCAUGGCUCGGUGUCGGCGAGUCUCUGCUCCUAGACGGCGCCAAGCGCGACCGCUGGAUUUGGCCCGGCGACAUGGGCGUCGCUGUGCCCGCGGCCUUUGUCAGCACGGGUGAUCUCGAGAGCGCCCGCAACGCCAUCGAGACCAUGUUUGAGUUCCAGGAGCCGAGCGGCAUCUUCCCGCGCGCCGGUCCGCCGUACCUCGACGCCACAAGCGACACGUAUCACAUGUGGACCAUGAUCGGCGCGUACAACUACGUCCUCUAUUCGGGUGACCUCGACUGGCUCAACGCCCACUGGGCCACCUACCGCAAAGCCAUGGACUACAUCUACGGCAAGGUCCUGCCGGCGCCGUCGGGCCUGCUCAACGCCUCAGCGACUGGCGACUGGGCGCGAUACAUCAACUCGAUGAAUGGCAGCGCACCCAACAUGCUCCUCUACCGCACCCUGCAGACGGGCGCCUGGCUCGCCGAGCUGGCACCGGAGGAUUCGUCAAAUACGAUCAACCUCACCGAGACUUGGCUUGCGCAAGCUGUCGAGCUCAAGUCCGCCAUCAUGACCCACCUCUGGGACGACAACAAGGGCGCCUUCAUCGACGGCUGGAAGAACCGCACACUGUAUCCUCAGGACGCCAACAGCUACGCCCUGGCCUUUGGCGUGCUGGACCCGGCCUCGGACGAAGCCGCCGCUGUGUCGACUGCGCUAACGCAAAACUGGACACCCAUCGGCCCUGCUUCCCCUGAGCUUCCGGGCAAUAUCUCACCCUUCAUCAGCUCCAUCGAGCUCGAGGCGCACUUUGCCGUGGGUCGCGCCGAUCGUGCCCUGCAGCUGAUCCACGAUUCGUGGGGAUGGUACAUCAACCACCCCAAUGGUACGGAAUCCACAGUCAUCGAGGGGUACCUGGUGGAUGGUUCCUUUGGCUACCGGUCGACGCGUGGUUACACCAACGAUCCCAGCUAUGUGAGUCACGCACACGGAUGGAGCGCCGGGCCGACUCAUGCUCUGACGGAGUCCCUCGUCGGUCUCAAGGUGACGGGGCUUGCGGGCGCGACGUGGACGCUGAAGCCCGUCUUCAACCAGCUACCCUCGGCGCAGGCCGGCUUCACGACGAAUCUGGGCAAGUUUAGCGCUAAAUGGGAAGUCAGCAAUGGGGUGGCCACCAUUGAGUGGGAGACGCCCACGGGCACCAAGGGCUGGCUAGAUCUCGGCCGUGAGAAGAAGUGGGUGGAGGGCGGAACGGGCAAGACAGUGGUCAAAGUAGGCGGGGGGACAUUGUGUCCCAAGGCCGAAGCCGCAAUGAAUGGAAGUUACGAGGUCGGUGCAUGUGUCUCCCUGUGCCCGUCAAAGACAGACCAGAAAGGCAACAAGGCGGCAAGGGGAUUGGUGAGGGUAUGA